ACUCAGAUUCUGCGCGGUCACGUGGUGCCGACGGCCGCGAUGGAGGAAACGGACUUUCAGGAUGUUUUGGACGACUGGUUCAUCGAGUCCCUGAACGCGUACAAAGACCUCCAUGUGUACCAGCUGGAGCAUCCCACCCAGGUCCUGGAGUGGACGUCAGGGAAGACCGUGUGUGUGGGAGGACACGGCGCUUCUAAAAAUGAAAUCCUGGAGCUGCUUUUACCUUUAAAGCUGUUCGCCGAUGAAAAUAAGGGUCUCUGUGCCGAACGGGACUUCAAAGUUGUCCACGGGGGGUUCACGGAGGGUCCGGUCCGCUGCCUCAGACACGUCCCGGGGUCACGGUGUGUCGUCACCAACGACGGGCUGAGCUCUGACCUGCAGGUGUGGAGCGUCGGAGGAGACGACAGCGACGUGAUCCGGUUGACGGGCCGCGUUGAGGGGAGGAAGAGGAGGACGACGAAGAGUGUUUCAGGAGGAGGCUCCAGGAUCGCAGCUCGACUCUCGUCACAAGUCCUUCACGGCGCUCAGAGCGGCGACGUCCAGCUGACUCAGCUGACCUCGGGUCAGAUUCUCUACACGCUGGAGACGACCUCCGACGACCCCCUGAGCUCGUUGCAGUUCGUGAGCGACGCCGUCUUCCUCGCCGGCGCCUCCAACGGGAACGUUUACGUCGCCGACACGCGGACGUCCGCCGCCCCUCAGCUCCACCCGGCGCCGGCGUCUCCGGGCGAGAGCGCCCUCUGGUGGACGGACGCGUCCCCCCGCGCCGCCGUCCUCAGACUGUCCUCGUCCGGCCAGGCGGUGGUUUCGGACCUGAGGAGCCCCGGGGGGGCUGUGAGCCGGGCGCGGCUGGACGUCCAAUCGGGGCGCGGCGACCCGGAGGUCGGCGUGUCGUGGGCGCCGGCGCUGGACGGCUGCAUCGCGGUGUCCGGUUUCGGUGGCGCGGUUCAGAUCUACGACACGUCGCUCUGGGCGACGGAGCCCCGGGACGCCGAGCCGUUGUUCGAGCACCGCGGUCACGCCGUCUCCUCGCGGUCCGGCGUCUUCGUCGCCGCCCACGUGUGGCAUCCCGAGCGGCCUCGGACGCUGCUGUCCGCGGCCUCGGACGGCUCCGUCCACGUGUGGGACUGGGUCGACCAAUCGGCAGCCGGCUGCUGACGGGGGGGGCGGGGCCAUUUCAAGUGUUUAAAACAUGUUAUUGUAAUGAUGUAAACAAGGCGAUGUAUUGAACAUUUAAAUACAAGACCCGAUUCCUGAAGCUUGAUCGAGACGAAAAUAAACCGUGACGAGAGAGAGAGACUUGUGCUCAUGAAUCAAGGUCAUCAGAUGACCUCCCCGAAGGUCGUUAUUAAAAGCAGAUGCUGCUGAGAUGUGAGGAAGAAGAGGAAGAAACUGCACAACAAAAACAAAUGAACCCAAAACUAAUUCUAUACAAAAAAACGAAACAAAAGGAUUAAAACAUGAAGCUUUUAUUUUGAAAAACAUCCACCAGAGUCGCUGUGGAUCCGAUCAAAGUUAAGUGCGAUUCCCCACCCUGAGGCCGCCUCCCACAUCAUCAUCACCUUGGCCACAGCCUGAGGCCGCCUCCCACAUCAUCAUCACCUUGGCCACAGCCUGAGGCCGCCUCCCACAUCAUCAUCACCUUGGCCACAGCCUGAGGCCGCCUCCCACAUCAUCAUCACCUUGGCCACAGCCUGAGGCCGCCUCCCACAUCAUCAUCACCUUGGCCACAGCCUGAGGCCGCCUCCCACAUCAUCAUCACCUUGGCCACAGCCUGAGGCCGCCUCCCACAUCAUCAUCAUCAUCAUCGUCACCUCGGCAACAGCCAGUAUAAAGAACAGCUGGUCAGUGAUCAUGUUUCGCUUUCAUCAACAUUAUUAAAUCUGUAAAAACUAAAGAAUCUUUUUUUAAUUAAAAUAAAAAGUUCCCUUUUCUCAGACGAGGCGUUCGCUUGCACCUCGGAAAACAAAGAGACGAACAUCUGGAGGCGAAGACGUUCGAUCUCCACGAUGUGCUCUUACUCUAGUCUUAGUUUACUUAUUUAUUACCAUCAUUAUUAACUGGUUUCUAACAUAUUAUUGCCCCCCCCCACCACCUCUCUGUGGAAUGUACAUUUAUAAGUUUUAAAACAAACAAAACAAACAACACAUAACAAAUAAAUCUAAAAAGGUCAAUUUUACCCUAAAAUAAACUCUAUAUUCUCA